AUGGCAGCCUCUAUUCCUUGUUCACCCUUGAACAAAAUUAACAAAGAAGAGAGCGAUCAUGAAAGCAUAAAAAUGGUUGAGAGAAGCUACCAGAGAUAUAGAGAGAUAAUCUCGACCCUUCCACAGGAGAAAGGUUGGAUAGCUGAGAAUAUGUGCCUGUACGAGGGCUUCUGGUACCAACCCAUGCAUGGCUUGGCAGGCGUCAUGUUUGCUCAGGAACAUUUCCAGGCUCGUCCCGACGAUGUUUUCUUGAUCUCAACACCUAAAUCGGGCGCCACAUGGCUCAAAGCCAUAAUUUUUGCCAUCAUGAAGAGAACUUGCUACACCAAUUCUACGCAUCCUCUUCUUACCACUAACCCACACGAUUGUGUUCCUUUCUUCGAGUUUGAGCUUUUUCAGAAACAUCCAGUUGCGGAUGUUGACAACUUACCCUCUCCGCCCAUAUUGCAACCCACAUUCCUUACUCGUCGUUGCCUAAGCCUAUUCUAG